AAGUGCAUAAAACCGGACUUUUUCUUGCACGUGGGAAUGGAACUGAGGGGCCGCCCGUGGGGCAUGUUCGGAGAGCGCCGCUGUCCCGGGACCGCUGCGGGCUCCCCGGUCACACCGCGGGGCUGUCCCGGGACCCGCUGCUGGCUGCCCGGUCACACCGCGGGGCUGCCGCGGGCUGAGGGUGUCACCCGUAGCGCCCCGGCGGCCCAAGCCGGAGCCGGCGCUGCAGCUGCCCGUCCCCUGCCUAUCGCUGUCCCCGGGGCCGGGGUGCCGGCGGCUGCCGCAGACCCGGGCCCGGUUCCCCGCCCGGCCGGCAGCGCUUCCGCCCGGAAGGCGCGGGGCGGAGCCGCCGCUGCCCGCACCGCCAUGGCCGCGCGGCUGCUCCUGCGGGCGGCGCGGCCGCUCCUGGCCGGGGCCGGCCGGGGCACCGGGCUCGACACCGGGCUCCGCACUGCGCUCAGCACCGCGCCGCCCCCCGAGAAGAAGCGGUGGCUCCGGGCGUACCUGGAGCUGCAGCGGCUGCAGGCGCCUCCGCAGCGGCGGUCCGAGAAGCCCAACUGGGAUUACCACGCGGAGAUCCAGGCCUUCAGCCACCGGGUGCAGGAAAACUUCGCCCUGGACCUUCUAAAGACUGCGUUUGUUAACCCCUGCUACAUCGAGAGCGAGGAGGCGAGGCGCCGGCAGCUGGGGCUGGACAAGGACGCGGUCGCCCUUCAGCUCCAGGACAACAGCGGUCUGGCGGAGCGAGGGCUGCGCUUCGCCCGCGCUUACCUGGCGCAGUGCUUUGAAGGCGCCUACCCAGAGUUACCUGCAAAGGGCAUAGAAGCACUGGUCAGUUUUCUUACCAGUCAGGAACUUGUCUCUUAUGUGGCUCAAAACCUGUCCGUACAGGACCUGGCGCUUUGCAGGGAUUUUCCUGCCCCACCAGACGUGCUGCAGAGGACGUUCCUCGCCGUGAUAGGAGCCCUGCUGGAAAGCAGCGGGCCCGAGAGAACCGGCAUCUUUGUCAGGGACUUUUUUAUUCCCCAGCUGAUUGGAAAAGACCUGUUUGAGAUCUGGGAAGUUGUAAAUCCUAUGGGCUUACUGCUGGAAGAGCUGACCAAGAGGAAUAUCUCUGCUCCAGAACCAAGAAUUACCAGGCAGCUGGGAGUCAACACGGUUCUGCCAGUCUACUUUGUUGGGUUGUACUGUGAUAAGAAGAUUUUAGCUGAAGGCCCUGGUGAAACACUGCUGGCUGCAGAGGAGGAGGCUGCACGCGUGGCACUGCGGAAGCUCUAUGGAUAUACAGAGAACAGGAGACCUUGGGAUUACUCAAAACCCAAACAAGGAUUGGCAGCUGAAAAGGCAAUCAGCAGUAACUAGAUGCUAAAAGACAUUUCUCCUGUAUCUAUCUUAAAAAUCAAUGGCUUCCAUGCUGAAUAUAGGUGUAUUUGGAAAAGCAAAAUAGUUUGUUUUUCUGGUCUUCAGUGCUUGAAACUUCUGAGUCAUAUAUGGUGUUAAAUAAAGUCUUUUCCUUUUGCACAA